AUGGUCUUCUCAAAACCCCAGCCUGCAUCCAACUCACGCGUUCUCAUAUUCGGCGCCGGAAACUUUGGCUCCUGUUUGGCAUCCCACCUAGGAGACUCGCAACAUGAAGUAUUCAUGUGGGCUCGAGAGGAGGCGAUCGUAAACCACUUCAAUCUGCACCAUCGGAACCCUAUGUAUCUUACUGAACAUAAUUUUCCCUCUAACAUCACUGCUGUGGGUCCAAAUAUGCCAGACAAGGACUUUAUCAACAACGUCGAUGUCCUGCUUUUUGCCAUUCCCACACAAUUUUUAAGGGCGACAUUGACAACACUGCGCCCAUCCCUCGACCUCAACAACCUUCCGCUUAUAAUUUUUGUCAACAAGGGCAUUGAAGUCGGUACAAAUGCCUUGACACUGGAAAUCAUCGUAGACACCUGCGGUCCCGAAGUUGCAAAUGCAGCAACAUUUAUCUCAGGCCCUUCCUUCGCGAAAGAAAUCGUCGAACGCCAGCCGACCUCUGUUUCGGUGGCUUCACUCACAGAGCGAGAAGCGGUCAAGGCCGCCACCUUGUUUCAUCAGCCACACUUUCGCUGCUACACCGGCGUAGAUCCCAUUGGACUUGAGCUCUCUGGCGCAUUGAAGAAUGUAUACGCCAUUGCAUCUGGAAUGUCGGACGGACUUGGUUAUGAGAACAAUACGAGAGCGAUGAUCAUCACCAGAGGACUAUCAGAGAUGACCUGCAUCGGAACAGCGUAUGGGGCCUCCCCUUUAACCUUCCUGGGCCUGGCUGGUGUAGGAGAUCUGUUCCUCACCUGCAGCUCGUCGAACAGUCGCAACUACACCGUCGGUUACCGACUGGGACAAGGGGAGAAUCUGGACGUAAUCAUCAAGACACUCGGAAGUGUUGCAGAAGGAGUCCCGACCACAAAGGGCGUCAAAAAGAUCAUUGAAGAGCUGGGGAUCAAUGCACCAAUUGCGAGCUCGGUAUAUGAUGUCCUCUUUAACGGGAAAGACACGCGCGCGGCUGUACGCGAACUGAUGGAGCUACCUCCGUCGAAGGAACUGGAAUUGCCUGCCACUGCUGGAGGGCCAGCGCGACGACUGCUGGAGAAACUAGGACAGAGCACAGAGAAACUGACGGACAUUAUGCACCCACAUCUGUAA